AAACCACCCGUCUCAAUCACCACAAAAGUACAACCCACUAACGACACUCGCUGCAGUGGUUAGUACACCGUGAAUUGACACUCGCACGACACGCAUCGCCGCUUGUACCUUUCCCACACCUAUAUAUAUUUCCCAGACGAGAGGAGAGACUGCUUCUCUUCACUAAUCGGGAAGCAUGAGAAUUGAGCAAGGUCCCGUGACGUCAUCCCCCUCGCCCUCGUGCUACUCUCGUUUCUGGUCGUCGGCGGCUCGGUCGAAGCCGCUUUCUCCGCCGCCGCCGAGCUCCGGCGGAGUCCUCGCGCGCCGCUUAGGCCUCUUUGAUCUCAUUCUCAUUGGCGUUGGAGCCUCCAUCGGCGCCGGGAUAUUUGUCGUCACCGGCACCGUCGCCCGUGACACCGGUCCAGGAGUUACACUUAGCUUCAUCAUUGCAGGAGCAUCUUGUGUUCUGAAUGCUCUCUGUUAUGCUGAACUAGCUUCUCGCUUGCCCGCAGUUGUUGGCGGAGCAUACAUGUAUGCUUACUCGGCUUUCAAUGAACUCACAGCUUUUUUAGUGUUUACUCAGCUGAUGCUCGACUAUCAUAUUGGUGCUGCUAGCAUAGCACGUAGCUUAGCUGGCUAUUGGGUUUCUGUCUUGGAGCUGAUUCCCUUCCUCAAGGAUAACAUUCCAAGCUGGGUUGGCCAUGGUGAUGAAGUUCUUGGAGUAUUGUCGAUUAACAUCUUAGCUCCUAUCAUUCUAGGGCUUCUGACGGUUGUGCUGUGUCGGGGUGUAGGAGAGUCUUCAAUAUUGAACUCAAUCAUGACGGUGACAAAGGUACUCAUUGUUAUCUUUGUCAUAAUUGUUGGAGCCUUUAAGGUUGACGUUUCAAAUUGGUCUCCCUUUGCACCACAUGGUACCAAGUCAAUAUUGACAGGGGCAACUGUGGUCUUCUUUGCAUAUGUAGGAUUUGAUGCAGUUGCUAAUUCUGCGGAAGAAUCCAAGAGACCGCAGAGGGAUUUACCAUUAGGCAUCAUUGGCAGCCUCGUGAUCUGUGUUGCAUUGUAUAUUGCUGUUUGCUUAGUAAUUACUGGAAUGGUUCCGUAUGAACAUCUUGGAGAAGAAGCACCUUUGGCUAAUGCUUUCACCUCCAAGGGCUUGAAAUAUGUCUCUGUCUUAAUUAGCUGUGGUGCAAUUGCUGGACUUACAACAACACUCUUAGUUGGGCUCUACGUUCAGUCUCGGUUGUAUCUCGGAAUUGGAAGGGAUGGUUUACUACCAGCUAUAUUUGCCAAAGUACACCCAGUGCGGCAAACUCCAGUUCAUUCGCAAGUUUGGGUUGGUCUUAUAGCCAGCAUUUUGGCAGGUCUUCUUAAUGUUCAUGUUCUCUCACACGUUCUCUCAGUUGGAUCCUUGACAGGGUAUUCAGUUGUUUCAGCAUGUGUGGUUACCCUGCGCUGGAAGGAUAAUAAGACAUCAAAUGUGACUUCUACUAGGCGGAUUUCGAAUAGGGCCGAAGGCAUCUUUUGCCUCAUUGCAAUUGCCUGUUGUGGUUGUGCUACUGGCGUCCUCUUCCGCUUUGGUGCUUCAUUUGUUUUCCUCAUAGUAGCUUCUGUGAUUGCAGUGUUUGCUGGUGCUACUCUCUAUCUACGGCAAGCUUAUACUGAUCCACCAGGUUUUUCUUGUCCGGGAGUUCCAAUACUUCCGUCUAUUAGCAUUUUUGUGAAUAUCUUUUUAUUCGCUCAGCUCCACUAUGAAGCGUGGGUGAGAUUUGUUGUGCUCAGCAUUGUUACACUGGGUAUCUAUGCAUUUUAUGGCCAGUUUCACGCCAAUCCUGUAAGUCCAAAUAUGUCAAUUAUGUACCAUAGGGCUCCUGCUGAAGAGAAUUAUAGUUUUGACCUUUAAAUUAUUCUGUGUUUAUCAUUUGUGUUUCCCAAUUUUUUGUGGGACGCUGAUGAAGCCAGUUUUUUUAAAUUACAAUAAGUUUUAUUAUACCUGAUAAAGACUUUAUUUGUAUGAAUAUAAAAUUUAUGCUUGCAAACCUUGCUAUUUUAGCAAGUCUUUACAUAUUCUCACAUUUAUAAUGUUACAUGGAAAUCUUUAUUGGUUCAAGUUGGUAAUGGUAUGGUAUUAUAUGCUUAUGAGAGUCUGAUUUGCAAAUUAGGCACAUCAAAGUGGAAAACUGACUGACCAUCAUGCCACCAAUAUAUAAGAACAUAAACACCUUCUCCUUCCAAAAUACUUUCUCAACUUAAAACCACAUUUCUUGGCCGAUUCGCAUCGUAUUGAAUUGGACAAUUUCUGCUGUAUUUGUCUUUGAUUACUUACAUGUCUAUUUUUAGGGCUCUGCUGGUGAAGUUUAGAUUCGUAACGAGCAGGCUGUUGACCUAUCAUGUUGUCGAGUCCAUUGUAGGCAACUCUUCUUUUCUCAUUAUUGUUGUAUGUAUAUUAUGGCGAGUAUGUAUUAUCGUAAUUGAGAAUUGAGAAUAGUUAAUAUAUUGCACAGCUUUGUUGUGUGAAUGCAUCUCCAUCUACUACAUACAUUGAUUCCUAAUGAAUCAGAAAAUUUUCACUUGGA